GUUGUGGAAAUGAAAGCAAAACAACUUUCAUUUACAUCUGCUGCAGAGUUGACCUUAAAGGAGACUGCCUUAUGAGCAAUGGAGGAAAUCCAUGACAAUGUUGGAUAUGAUGAGUCUGUUCAAGCAAAACCUUCAAGAAAUCAGACAGGUCCGAGGAGCUCUCAGAGGAGGUUUCAUGCAGCUGUUGUCUGUCUGGGGCUGCUCAGUGUUUUCCAGCUGGUUGGGCUCAUCGGCCUCGCUGUCCACUACUUUGACUUCAUACAGCAUUCAGCUGCAGAACUCUCCACUGUCAAAGACAACCUGACCAACAGUCUUCAAGCCAGUAAUAGUGAGGUUUUGUCUCUGACAGAAGAGAAGCACCUACUGAAUGCCAGCCUCAUUGAAACGGCUAAAAAGCGAAACAGGCUGAAUGCAGAACUCUCCACCGUCAGAGCCAACCUGACUGAAGAGAGAGACCGUCUCCAAGCCAGACUCACUGAAAUGACUGAGGAGCGGGACAGGCUUCUGAGUUUGUCCAAACAGAAGAAAACGUGUCCUACAGGAUGGAGGAUGUUCAGUUCUUCCUGUUAUUUCUUCUCCACUGAUUCUGGUUCCUGGGACAGAGGCAGAGAGGACUGCAGAGCCAGAGGAGGAGACCUGGUGGUCAUAGACUGUCGUGAAGAGCAGACUUUUCUCUCUGGAUUCAUCAGGACAAACACUUGGAUUGGUUUGAAUGACAGAGGAGAGGAGAACAAGUGGAAAUGGAUUGAUGGAACUCCACUUACUCUAAUGUCCUGGGCGAGAAACCAGCCUGAUAAUGGUGGUGGAGACCCACAGUGGGGUGAAGAGGACUGUGUACAUAUUUAUGAAGAAGAUAACACUUCCUGGAAUGAUCGUUCAUGUACAACCUCUCUGCAGUGGAUCUGUGAAAAAACACCUUAACAUGUCUGUAUUGUUUGAUCAUAUAUUUGCAAAUGUUUUUACAAUAUAAGCCAGGAUUGUUCAAAGCUUUUAGUAAUAAGUGUUCUUGUGUGUGUUUGCUUGUGCUGAAGUCUAACUGUCCUAAAUCCCAGCUGUCUCUAAACACCAGAGUGCAGUCUUGAAAUAAAGCCAGAGAUGAUCAUAAAACGCCUCAAACUUUCCACUCGUCUAAAUUUUCCAGCUUCUAGAUGAUGAAAAUAUUUUUUUAAAAGGAAAAUAUAACGAUUUUCAGGUUGGUUUUGUUUUGACAAACUCAGCAGUUCAUUCUAAUCCUCAAAACCAUCUCUCAUAUAAAGCCUUUGUUGGCAAUACAACCAGUAAUCUGUGCUUGUCUAAGUAACUUAUUAAGUAUUUCUAUAGCAAGCAAACUGUAUGUGUUGUAUUGGACUUAAUACUGUGCUGUAACAGGACUGCAGUACAAAAAUAUUUGGUUUCUAGCUGGUUCACAGGUCAGUGAUGGAGCCAGUGUUCAUCUGUUCUGCUUCAUUACCUCCACCAAGAAGGUUGUUUUUGGUUCCGCAUGUGUGUUGGUCAGCAGGAUAACGGACAAACAGCUGGAUGGAUCAUCAGCACCUGGUACAGAUACUGGUGGGGACCAAUGAUAGAAGUGACUGGAUUUUGGAUGAAAAAGGUCAAAGGUCAAAGGUCACAAAAAAUAAAAUCUGGAAUUUGAUACACAUAUGUAGGGUGGCAAUGUCAUCUGGAACUGAUGUGAUCCGGUUUCUGGAUCUGACGGCCAUUUAAAGUUAGCAUUGAAAACUCCAUUUAAUGCAUAUUUUCUGCCAAAACAUGGUUUAUGAUGACAAUAGAUCCCUGAAAUGUUUUGGUAAGAUGCACAGUAUUACUGCCUAUCAUACCCUAAAAGAUGAUCAGGAUUUGACCUGGAUCAAGGAUUUUAGGGCACAUUUUGUGUUGUUCUGGAUCUCAUUGUUCACAAGGGACCCAUUAGCGUGAGUGAAUGUUGUCUUGGUGGAGGUACAUGUGCUGUCUGAGUGCACUUGUUACAUGAUGCUUUGUUCACAGUAU